UCGUUUUGUCGCGUCGUUUUACUGCCGGUCUGAACGUACCUUACUGCAGUGGCUUAAUUAAACGAAUACCUUGUUUCUCAGUUUAACUUCUGACAGGUUUAACAUAUUAAGCCAAAAUGGAAAACUUCGUCAAAUUCACCAACCAAAGCCAAGGAAGGGACCGUAUAUUCAGGGCGACUCAAUAUGGCUGCGCUUUGCUGAAGUACCUGCUUCAAAACGACGCGAAAAGAAAAGCGGUGUGGCAGAAGUUAGACAGUUUGGAGGCGAACAUGAGCUCAGGACGGAAGCUUUUCAGGCUUGGUAAUACUGUGAACUCUGUGGAUGCGGCCAAGAAAACGCUUAACCUUUCAGACCAUGUGCUGCGGUUCUGUCUCACCAUGGCCAACCUGAACCGUGCCCUCUAUUUUGUAUGUGACAAUAUUCUUUGGGCCAGAAGCAUCGGCCUCAUCCAAGAUAUCAACAAGGAUAGGUGGAACGUCAAUGCAAACAGAUAUUAUUUUAUAUCUUUAGUGCUGAAUCUUAUCCGAGAUGCCUAUGGGAUUGGCCAGCUCAUGGUCCAAAUGUCUCGGGAUAGGCAAUAUCGGCAGAAAGUCAGUCAGCACCUCAGUGAGAGCCCAGAUGUGGCCAGCGUUGUUAUUCCACAGUUAGAUGCCUUUUUGUUCCUGUUGCUUGAGAGCCUCAGAAGUCACCCAGCUGUGGCUCUUGACACACUCAAAAAUGUGUGUGAUCUUUUCAUUCCAUUAGACAAGCUGGGAAUUUACCAAACAAAUGCAGGGGUUGUAGGGCUGUGUGGACUUGUCUCAUCUCUUUUAGGAAUACUGUCGGUGCUGAAGCCCAGUCUAAAAAUCCAACCAUGAGGGUGAAGCCUGUAGGUCCAUAUCAAAUUUAAAUCGUAUAUUACAAUAAUAGCAUUGAGUUUGUAUAAAUAUUGGCCUUAAUUUUGGUACACAUGAACAAAGAGAAAUAUAUUAUCUUUAGUUACUUAUUUCAGUGGUUUGGUGCAAUAAGAUCUAGAACAAACGCUGUCACAAUCUAACUUGUAAUAAUUAGUCACUUUAAUUACAAAUACAUGUAUGACAACAAAUGUCAGUCUUCCGUGCCUGAGCACUUAAUAUAUUUUAGGACUUGGGCCUGCUCACUAAGUCUGCCCCUCAGUGGCCAAUUUUUGCUUCACUGUGUUAAGCAAUAUACAAACUUGCAGAGCAGCUGGACGCCCUUCCAACGGCACCCUGGUUUUUCUCAUGCCUGUUUACUAGUCAAGAACUAUUUGGUUUUUGGGAGCCUGAGUAGACAGGCUUUGAAAACUGGUGUGGAAGAGUAAAGUAAGCCAUCUGAAUAAAACUUUAACAGAAUGAGGGGUGUGCAAGUGUACCCUAUAGUUUGCUGAGUUUAUAAAGUAUGAAAUAAACUGUACAUAGACAAACUAUCAGGAGCAUAAUACUUUACUGGCGUGUUCUUUUGAAACGAUCACGUGCACACUUUUCCAUGGAUUAUGGAAGGGGGCAAAAUACGUAAACACGUACAUCAAACAUGAUCAGCACACUACAACACAGAAAGGUCUGUUACUCUAACUUAAUUACUGUAUGAUUUCUAGGACCGCUUCAUAUUGCACCUAAUAUUUCAUACACUACGCAAAUGAACAAUGUUAAACACAAAUCUUCAAUUUCGAAUUUUACAGCAAAUUGCAUAUUACAUGGGAAACGGCUCAUUUUACGAUCCAUGACAUGGUUUUUACGGUCGUGAAUUAGGCAUGGCCUUACCAGUUUUGGAGCCAGGAACCUUUGUGUGAAAUCCUGUGCAAAUUUAAGGCGAGUUUGAUCAUGGACAGUGCCACCCCUGUUUUCUGGAGCUUUGAAUUCUCAUCUCUUUAGAAUUAAGCACAUUUUUUUCAGCAUUGGGUGGAAGUCUGGGCUUUUUUACACUGGCAAAAUACUUAAAGUACUUUUAAUUAAGUGCAAACAAAGAAAUCACCACAUUAUAUGACUCUACACCACAAAACUAAUAUUUGCUUUUAUAUUUAGAAAACUUAAACUGAGGAAACAAUAUUAACAGAAAUUCAGAUUUUUAACUUGGUUUGAAAUGAAUUGGUGAUUAGGUUUUGCUACUGACGGAUUUCUAUAUGUAAUGAUUGUAAAACAUGCAUUAGCACUACAUAUUUUAAAUGUAUUUGAUUACAGGAGACAAGUGAUAACAUGCUGGUAUAUUCAUUUUGUGCAAUUUACUGUGUUUAUUUUAUUGUAUUUUACAUUUGUUCCCUGUAAAUGAGGAUCAAUGGUACAAGAGACUUCAGUUCUGCUAGUAUCUAUUAUUUUCAGAAUCUUUUACAAAGAGCUGUGUAGUGUUUAUAAUUACAAUUUCUAUGCCCUUAAUUAACAAAGAUUAAGAUC